AUGGGAGUGUUUGAAGGCGGGCUACUUUCUUUGGUAUGUGUUUGCUUGUUGAAUAUUCAGGUUUGGGUGUUUUUUACUUUGUCCAAGGUGGGCAGGUUCAGUUUCUUGAAUACUGCGAGGAGAACAUCUGGUAUAGAAGAAGAUAGAAAUUUCUGGAUAUCAAUUCAUGGGCACAUGCAUGAAAUAGAGGGGUGUUUAGUGGUUGGAAGGUCAAGACAGAUAGAAGGUGGUACAGUACAUCAAGUCAUGGAUGAAUGA